AUGUUGCUCGAUAAUGAAAAUUUCUUGAAAAGAUUAGAGCAGCUUUACCAGGAAAAAGGAGAAAAAGGAAGCGUAUGAAUCACAUUUAAGCAGUAUGAUGAAAUUUGAAGAAAAGGAAUGCACAGGAAAGGCAAAGAUAAAAUUGCACGCAAAGAAGAUCGGCAACGAAAAAACCAAGAAGGCGUCCCACUCAUGCUCCUAGUUAGAGCAAAAACAGAUACUGAAAAAAUCAGCACCAAAGUUCUAUUUCGGAUAGAAAAAUUUUUCUCUCACCUAAAAAAUUCUUGUGGACCUAAUUUUAUUUGAUAAGAAAGAAAAUUUGGCAUGCUGAAAAUCUUAAAAAAUUUUCUAUUAGCAUUACCAGAAGAUGUAGCCUAUUUUCAAAAAGUCCUCCACAAUGCUAUGCUAGUUAGUAUGGUCGGUAAGAAAAGAUUAAGAUAA